AUGAUAUUCGAGAUAUUGCGGUACAUUUUCAUAAAGCAAACUACUCACAAGGACUGCAAACUAAGCAAACUGAUCGCUUCACAUGACCCAUACACGAAUGUAUUUAGUGUGUAUUCGAAAGCUACCUUUGAAAAUUUGGAAAUAAAACUUUUGAUAAAGGAAACUACGCACAAGUUUGCUGAAAACUCUUCGAUAGCCCGCGACCGGUUUCGCCAUUGUUGGGGCUCAUCAGGUAGGCACAGUCCCCGAGUUUCCGUUAACCUUAUGUAG